AUGCUGUUCAAACUGGACAACCGGGACACAGAGAAGUCUACUGUUGCGCUUACAAGGACAAGCACCUUUGUGCCCGCGCCCCAGCUGAGGUGCGAGUACCGCGUGGACCUGAGACUGGGGAGGCGGCUUGGGAAGAGGCUCGGCGGGGCGGGGCGGGGCGGGGCCCAGCUGGAGCCGGACCUGGAGCUCCGCGGGGCAGUGGCCCCGACAACUGGGCAGCGGCUCCUGCAGGACGCCGAGGUCCCAGCGACGCGCAGUGAGCGGGAGGCGGCCGAGCGCGGCGGCGGACCCCGGGGCGUGCUGCUCUGGCUCACCACGCUGGUCCUGUACGCCUCCUUCGUGGGGCUGGGAAUAAGCAUUGCUAUCCUUGGGCCUACAUUCCAAGAUCUGGCAAGAAAUGUGAACCGAAACAUCAGCGAUCUUUCUAUCAUUUUUGUGGGCCGCGCCUCUGGAUUUUUAUGUGGCACUAUGAUUGGUGGAGUUCUCCUUGACUAUAUGAAUCCUUUUUUACUUUUGGGUGUGUCAAUGUUGGCUACUGCAGUUGGAUUUUAUCUCAUUCCUUUCUGCAAGAACGCAUUUUUACUGAUUAUCAUGAUGGCAGUGUUUGGUGCUUCGGUUAGUAUUGUGGAUACAGGUGGCAACGUCCUCAUCUUGGCUCUUUGGGGGGACAAAGGAGCCCCACAAAUGCAGGCCUUGCACUUCAGUUUCUCCUUGGGUGCCUUUCUGGCUCCCCUGCUGGCUAAGUUGGCCUGGGGUACAGUGUCUGCUCAGAACCACACCGAGGCUGACUUUGACCCUCUGAUGCUGAACCGGUCCUCCAAAGCCGCCUCAGACUCUGUGUUCGCCGUACCUGAUGACAUGAAUCUGUUGUGGACAUAUGCCUCCAUCGGCACCUAUGUUUUAGUAGUUUCUGUCUUUCUCUUUGGUCUGUUUUGUAAGAAACAUUCAAGGCAGAAAAAACCCAGAGCAUCUGCUCAGGGAGCUCAGAGGGCUAAAUAUCACAGGGCCCUGCUAUGCCUCCUCUUCCUUUUUUUUUUUUUUUUUACCAUAAUUGAAGUUUAG